CCUCGGAGUCAGCGAGCGAACCAGGCAGCAGCGGGCAGCAGUCCUGGCUGUUGGGGACGGAGGGAGGCCGGGCAGGCGUCGUGCUGGACCUUGCUGCUGCGUGAGAGGCCCGCCCGACAGUGGAGUGAUCGGCACUCAGGGGUCCCUUCAGCAAUGCAGGCCCUGCUGCCGCCGCCGCCUCUGCCUUUCGAGAGUCAAGUAGAACAUACAGAUUCAACUCAACUAGCUGACUGUGCAGAGUACAUCAUGGAUAGGUGCUGCCUCUCCUGUUUCUUAGUGCAUGUAUAGGAAAAAAAGUAGAAAAUUGGAAGAUACACUUCUGUGUGCUGGAAGGGAACUCGGACUUGCUUGACGCAGCACUUCUACAUGUUGGAAAAAGGCGUUGGAGAUUUCACAUUACUUGAGAUGAUGGAUUGUCCUUUUAUCAUUCUAUCAGUAAAAGUGUCUGGAGUCUGAAGUGGAAUGGAAACAUAACAAGGUUCAGAGAAGGAUCUGGGUGACAUUUCCUGACAAAUGGAGAACUAUUUUCAAGCAGAGGCUUAUAACCUCGAUAAAGUUUUAGAUGAAUUUGAACAAAAUGAAGAUGAGGUUGUUUCGCCUACAUUGUUGGAAGCAAAGUGGAAUCAAAUAUUGGAUCCCCCUUCUCAUCGGCUGUCUUUUAACCCAACUCUGGCGAAUGUGAAUGAAUCAAUUUCUGAUGAAUGUCCACAGAAAUUAAAAUCGUUAUCCCUGUCUCAUUUAGGCACUUCAUCAAUAGAAGGGGAUUUUUGUUCUAAUGGAAAUAAUCUUCAUAUAAGCUCAGAGAGCCCAAAUGUGUGGACUGAAGAUCAGAUGACAGCAGACGAUCAGCUUGUUAGGAAAAAUAGUCAUCAGAAUGCUCAGUGUAAUUCUGUGAAUAAACAAGAAAAUAAUUUUUUUGAAACAGCUGGUUUAUCAGAGGAGAAAAAUGUUCUAGUUGUAGCAGUCAUGCAUAACUGUGACAAAAAAACACUGCAAAGUGGUGAUUCAUUGGACUGUAAAAACUUCAGCAAUCCCUCCCUAAUGGAUACUGUUAGCUUUGUACUGGACAAUGAAACCCAACAAACUGAUCACCUUAACGUGUCUGUAAAUGGAAUAACUGAGAAAGAUGCAGAUACUGAAAAGGAAACAGUACAAGAAAACAAGCUGCAUACAGAAGAUUUGGUUAAUCAUUGUAGUGUUGCUGCUAUUUCUGACUGUCUAUCCAGUGAAGAUUCUUUUUCUCAUUUCAAGGAGGAUGAGAAUACAAAUGAAGACCUUCAGAUCUUAGAGUUUCCAGCAGCAAAUGUAAUUACCUUGCAUAGGCCACCUGGCAGAAUCAGUAAAAUGGAAGAAAGUUGUGGAUCAGGUGAGGGUUUUGAUAUCUCUGCUGCCUCUGGAAGAACUGAGCUAGAAACAAGAAGCAAUUCCCCUGGUUCACACAGUGGGGAUUUCUUCAGAGAGAUUUCUGUAGUAGAUCAAAUGACCCAAAAGUGUCAAUCAGGGGUAUCUGAGAUUUCUGACGCUUCUCAGUGUGAUUCGUGCAAAAGUGACAAUCACUGUGAGUGUUUGGACAGACGAACAACUUGUGAUGAAAAUGCAUAUGAAAAAGAAGCUGACAAAAGUGAAAGAAUUCUCAGCACAGCAGAAUUGCUCAGCAUGGCCGAGUGUUUUUCUGAAUCUCAGGAGAUGACUAAUGGGGAACUGAUUGAACAAAAUGAGAUGAAUAAUAAACAAACAUGCAGGGAGAAUGAAGUACUAUUUCAUAUAGCAAAACAUGAGGAGGUAUACAGUAGUAAUGCUGAUAACUGUGAAGGCAUGACAGAAGGAGAUACUGAUGUAAAAGGAAUGUAUAAGGACAAGCUUGAAAACUCCAGUCCUCCUAGUUCCAUAGGUACAUCAGCAUUAAGUAAUUUGCCUAAUGGUUGUGAUUCCUGUGGAAUACAAAAUCCAAUUCUUGCUCAUAUUCCAAAGACUUUACCUUCUAAGGAAGACUCUGUGACUGAGGAAAAGGAGAUAGAGGAGAGCAAGUCAGAAUGCUACAGCAAUGUUUAUGAACAAAGAGGCAAUGAGACCACAGACAGGAGUGGUCUCAUUUUGAACUGCACUGGUGACCAAAUGAAAAAAAAAUAUUUACACAAUUUCUGCAGACCAGCACCAUCUGAACCAAGUGAAACAUCACCAAAACUGUCAGCUAGUCUGCAGCCUCUUAGUGUUCCUUUUGGUGGUGCCCGACCCAAACAGCCUACCAAUCUUAAACUACAAAUUCCAAAGCCAUUAUUGGACCAUUUACAAAAUGAUCUCGUUCCCCCAAAUUGUGGAGGUAACAGUAAAAAUAAAAAUGAUAUAUCUGGAAAAGGAAAACUUGGUGAAAGCUUAGCACCAAAUAUAUUUUCUGAUGAAACAUCACUGAAUGCAUCUCUCAUGGAUACUGGUGGGGAGCAUUCGGUUGAGUAUGAGUCUGGGGUUUCUAGUAAUAUGUGCCUUGCAGCAGCCUCGGAUAGUCCUGAUAACGAUGUUGGAGCUGGCCAAUUUGGCAUUCCUGUAAGAAAGCCAUUUACUACUUUGGGUGAAGUGGCUCCAGUUUGGGUUCCAGAUUCUCAAGCACCUAACUGCAUGAAAUGUGAGGCAAGGUUUACAUUUACAAAAAGGCGGCACCAUUGCAGAGCCUGUGGAAAGGUCUUUUGUGCAGCUUGCUGCAGUCUGAAAUGCAAACUGCUGUAUAUGGACAGAAAGGAAGCAAGAGUGUGUGUAAUUUGCCAUUCAGUUCUAAUGAAUGCCCAAGCCUGGGAGAACAUGAUGAGUGCCUCAAGCCAGAGCCCUAAUCCUAAUAAUCCUGCUGAGUACUGUUCUACCAUUCCUCCCUUGCAGCAAGCCCAGGCUUCUGGAGCCCUGAACUCUCCUCCACCUACCGUUAUGGUACCUGUGGGAGUCCUAAAGCAUCCAGGUGCAGAAGUGGGUCAGCCCAGAGAACAAAGACGUGUUUGGUUUGCGGAUGGCAUAUUACCCAAUGGAGAAGUUGCUGAUGCGGCCAAGUUGACUGUGGCUGGAACAACCUCCACAGGAGCAUUAGCAGUGUCACAUGAUCCAUGCAAGCCUAUAAACAACAAUACUUCACCUGCAGAGACUGAAAACACACUGACAUUGUCAAGAAGUGUAACUCAGGUUGGAAGUCCAGUUGGCAGUGCAAUGAACCUUAUUCCAGAAGAUGGUCUUCCUCCAAUUCUCAUCUCUACUGGCGUAAAAGGAGAUUAUGCUGUGGAAGAAAAACCAUCUCACAUCUCAGUGAUGCAGCAACUAGAAGAUGGUGGCCCGGGCCCUCUUGUGUUCGUUUUAAAUGCAAAUUUGCUGUCCAUGGUUAAAAUUGUGAAUUAUGUGAACCGGAAGUGCUGGUGCUUUACUACAAAGGGAAUGCAUGCUGUAGGCCAGUCAGAAAUAGUCAUUCUUCUCCAGUGUUUACCUGAUGAGAAGUGUUUGCCCAAGGAUAUCUUCAGCCACUUUGUUCAACUUUAUCGAGAUGCCAUGGCAGGUAACGUUGUGGGAAAUUUAGGACACUCAUUUUUCAGCCAGAGUUUUCUAAACAGUAAGGAACAUGGUGGCUUCUUAUAUGUUACACCUGCAUACCAGUCACUGCAGGACUUGGUGCUCCCCACUCCACCCUACUUAUUUGGGAUUCUUAUCCAGAAAUGGGAGACUCCAUGGGCCAAAGUCUUUCCCAUCCGAUUGAUGUUGAGACUUGGAGCUGAAUAUAGGUUGUAUCCUUGCCCGCUUUUCAGUGUCAGGUUUCGGAAGCCAUUGUUUGGAGAGACAGGCCACACAAUUAUGAACCUUCUUGCAGAUUUCAGAAAUUACCAGUAUACAUUGCCAGUUGUCCAAGGUUUAGUGGUUGAUAUGGAAGUGAGGAAAACUAGCAUCAAAAUCCCCAGCAACAGAUACAAUGAGAUGAUGAAAGCCAUGAAUAAGUCCAAUGAACAUGUUCUGGCAGGGGGAGCAUGCUUUAAUGAGAGGGCCGACUCUCACCUUGUGUGUGUACAGAAUGAUGACGGGAACUACCAGACCCAGGCCAUCAGUAUUCAUAAUCAGCCACGGAAAGUGACCGGAGCCAGCUUUUUUGUCUUCAGUGGAGCUUUAAAAUCUUCUUCAGGCUAUCUUGCAAAGUCCAGUAUUGUGGAAGAUGGUGUCAUGGUCCAGAUAACAGCUGAAAAUAUGGACUCCCUGAGGCAGGCUCUGAGGGAGAUGAAAGACUUCACUGUUCCUUGUGGUAAAAUGGAUGCUGAAGAGCCACAAGAGCAUGUGCACAUUCAGUGGGUGGAUGAUGACAAAGACUUCAACAAGGGCGUUGUAAGCCCCAUUGAUGGGAAGUCCAUGGAGUCUAUCACAAGCGUGAAGAUAUUCCAUGGCUCAGAGUAUAAAGCAAAUGGGAAGGUCAUUAGAUGGACAGAGGUUUUCUUUUUGGAAAAUGAUGAGCAACAUAAUGACUUAAGUGACCCAGCAGACCAUAGUAGGUUGACUGAGAAUGUGGCCAAGGCUUUCUGCUUGGCCUUGUGCCCUCACCUGAAACUGUUGAAGGAAGAUGGGAUGACUAAACUGGGCCUACGGGUUACACUAGAUGCUGAUCAAGUUGGCUACCAGGCGGGAAGUAAUGGCCAGCCACUGCCCUCUCAAUAUAUGAAUGACCUGGACAGUGCCUUAGUUCCAGUGAUUCAUGGAGGGGCAUGCCAGUUGAGUGAAGGCCCGGUCAUAAUGGAGCUCAUCUUCUAUAUUCUGGAAAACAUCUCAUAGGAGGACUUCAUUUUCUGUUCAGACCUGUUCCAGCAGCAGUUGUAUCUGAAUCAUUUUGCACUUUAAAACUGGAAAAUUAAGCUUUUUGUUAACACUAAUGUGAGGGGGUGGGAAUGGGUGAGAACAGUUGUUCCAUAAUUUUGAAUCGUCUAUGCAUUUGUCAAUGAACAGGAUCAGGGCAGCUUCUAUACUAUAAAAUGGCUAUGCUAUCUUUGCAGCUAAUAUACUUCUGUUACAGUUUAGAAACCAAGGAUCGUUAAGUUUUAAGACAAUUGCAGUCAUGUAUUCAAUGCUCAGACAGCUGCAGACAUCACUAGGGCAUGAAGAAAAGAAGAGGAAUUAUCAACAUUUGUAAUGUUUGUAGAUGAACACAUGAAGAAACAAUCAAGACCUCCAUUCUGACCUCAUUAUACUGCCGUUUGAUUAAUUUCUCUAGAUAUUUAAAUAGUAUCGUUUACAUUUAUUUUUGACUAGAGUAUUGGUCAAAAUACCUCUAAGACACAGUGCGAUAUUCUGUAGAGAACAAGCAGUAUGUCCGAGGGUACCCCCCAGUUCUGUCCAAGGAAAACAGAAGUAUCUCUCUCUGGAAGCAGUAUGUAAAUUUAAGCUUGCAUUAGUGUGUGUGUGUGUGUGUAUGUAUAUAAAUAGGAUAGCUCUAUCUUAUUUUUCUUUAAACUGUCCCUUCAGAUUGACAACUUGGCAAACAGCUGCAUCAAAGUUUCCUUCUCUAUAAAUUGCAAAAUAAUCUGCCACAGGCAUGAGACUUGUUAGCCUUCAAGAGCAGUUACGUGAUAUGCCUAUUACUUCCCGUUGGUCUUGCUUUCUUUUUUAAAAAAAAGAUGACAUCCUCCCUUGAGUGGUGUGUACUGUUCCUGUAUUAGCCCUAACCUUAAGCCUGCACUUAUCUAACACUUGAUAGUAGCAGCACCACCAUGUAAAGCUAGCCUGUGAGAACUAGAAUAGUGUGGCUGCUAUUGCAUGUCUGCCUUGCACUCUGCCUCGCCCAAGAGGAGAGCAGCUCGAGCCCUCUUGCUGCAGCUUACAAAAACUGGUACUAAGGGAAAACGUUAGAUCUAAUUUUCAUCCUUGAGAAAUUGACAAUGAGUGGGAAAAGCUGUACAAAACAGAAAGCAAGCUUAGGCCUCCCCGAAACUCCAGCUGCUUGUCUGAUUAGUUACCACCCAGCUCCUGGGAGAUAACAAAGAAAUUAGGUUUACAGAUCAAGGUCAAACAUCUGAAAAUGGAGCAGCAUCUGUGGUAGUCCUUCUUGCAUCAGUGAGUAGACAAUAAUUGCAACAGGUCUACUCCAGAAAAUUGCAUUUGUAUAUAACAAUAUCAGCUAUGGUAAAUUGCAAAGUAUAGUUCAGUGUACCUAUAGCUCCUUUUGUAAGUUGCUACCGCUUGCCUAAGAUUAGUAAAACCCUGCUAAAAGCUUAUGCCAGACUGCAGCUGAGACACUGAGGGAGUCAAGGGUGUUAGAAUCAGGCCCAAAAAUAAAGGGCAGAAGUUAAUCCCAUUAAAAUGAAUCCUUGUUUUGAAUGGCUGGCCACGUUAUAAAUAUAGUUGAAGUUCUUAGACUGCUGUAUCUGCACAAACUCAGGUGCUCAACAUUCUGCUGUUCAUUAGGAAGCACCUAGGAAAUCCUCUGCAGAACAAAGGUCUUACCCCUGCAGAUUAAAGCCAUCUUACAUGUCCUGGUUGGCUCUUACAGUUUCCUCUUUUUGCAACAGUCAGGAGUCAGUUUUACUCACGAAAUAUCCAAAAGAACUACAUAGAUGCUGUAGCUUUACUUCAAGAGAUGGCAUUCCAGUUUUACCACAGAAGCAGUUUUAUUCAGUACCUUUAGGCUUGCUUUAAGUUAUUGAUGGUGAGGAAACCUGAGUGAAGUUUUCCUCCUUUCUCCUACAAAAAUCACUUGUUUGGGUUAUGUUUGUGCAAAAUGGUAUUGACUGGUUUGCUUCAACCAUAGCCUUUAAAAUGACCUUAAUUACCAUAUUGUUAAGAAAUGAGUACUUGUUUAAAGAAAAUGUACUUUUAAAAUUCAGUUAACACUGCAAAAGACUGCAUAUUAUAUUUUUAUUUUCAACAUGUAGUUUUGUAUAUUAAAUUUAUUAAAAUUAAAAA